CGUCACUUCCGUUACGUUUGUAGCAGACGGUAUUUUGCUCUCUAUAUAUACUUACAGCUGAGAUUCGGAGGAUACUCCACUGCGUUCAGCUCAUUUAGUUUAGUCUAUUCAAAACCAUUCCUUACAAUAUGACAGACAAUCAGUACGCCCAGGGCCCAAGAAUUGUUAAAUUAGGACGGAGUAUUUCAAGAGAGGAAGGCAAUGCUGUUGUUAGUUUGAGAAGAUCUACCACUGGACAACCAUGGGGUUUUCGUAUGCUUGGAGGUCGAGACCAGGGGACUUGUCUCUACGUUCAUAAGGUUAACAGUAAGAGUAUAGCUGAGAAGAGUGGUUUGAAGCCUGCGGAUGGAAUCCUGUCCAUAGCUGGAGUACCGACAGAUGGCAUGACACAUGACCAAGCCAAGAUGGAGAUAUUGAGGGCAGGAAACGAACUUGAUUUCUAUGUCAGAAGAAACGCCGUGUCUGUCGCGACAGAAACCAUCAGGCGUCAACAAAGCACGGAAGAGCCCAGAGCGGAGAUUAUCGAGGAACCGUCAGCGUUCGAUACUGGAUACCAAAACCCAAACGUUCAGUCAAGGUCAUUCAAAAUCAUCCAGGAAGCCCUUAAGUAUACAGAGGCUGAAAAUAUCGUCACGGUUAACCCAUUCCGGAACAUGCCAGAAGAAGAAUUAUUGCCCAUGCAAGCUUUUCUCUAGUUCCGGAAUACCCUGUUAUAUCGACACUGAAAAGUAUUGAGCAGUUAACAACGACGGGAAGCAACCAGACUUCUUUUACUGUCCAAUGUCUUCAGUCAAAAACUGAUGCACUCCAUUUCAUUUGUGAACUGACAAGAUGAACUCGUUACCUGUCGGUAGUCAAUAUCAGACUGACCACUGCCAUUACGUUGGAUAGUGUUCAUCAAGGUUCGGAUCAUCAUAACGAGCUCGAGCAUGAGCAACAAAUCACCCUUUUUUCGAAUAUUGUGGAAUUUACAACAAGAUGCCUCUUCGUCCAGCCUCAAAUUUGAUGCAGAUAAUAGAUAAAUUGAUAUAUUUAGCCAUUACAAAUUCUAUAUCCGUAAUCAUGUUCAGUGGUAGAAUUCUUUACGCAUGAUGCGAUGGGUUUUAUGAAAAAUGUCAGAAACUGAUCCAAAUUGUUUGUGUGCCAAUUACCUUACAUUGUUUCCUGGAGUAGGACUGCUUUCAGGACUUGUAUAUUCAGUAAAGCUAUAUUGGUAAGAAUUCUGACGUGAUGUAUAGAGUAUAUUGUUAUACCAGCCACAGUUAUAAAUUGUGUUAUAUUAUCCUAUUUAUGCAUAUUAGCUAUUUAUCAACAUGUUGAGCAAUUUCCUAGGAUACGGAUGUACAUUUGCAAUAUUGUAAACAUUUACUUGUUAUUAUGGCCUGGAGAUGAUUAUGUUCUAUGCAUUACGUGAAAACUACAGUGCACCCAUGCAUAUAUCAAUGACGUCUCUUGUUGACGGCUUCGGGAGUGUUUUGACCUUGUGUGGAUAAUUGUAUUUACGAAAUAAAAUGACAAAAUAA